UACUUUGGACAAGCCGUGGGAUUUUAGAAAUCGAGGGUUGUGGCAGAGGGGGACUAAGGCUGCUUCAUGGAAGCGACUGGAACCAGAUGAACCUCUGUAGCAUCCUUACAGCUGUUCUGUGAGCGCAGGGUGAUUAUUUACAGGUGGAAGUAAAAGGAACUCCUUAAUAUGAGUGAUGAUAAACCCUUCCAGUGCACUGCUCCUGGGUGUGGACAGAGAUUCACUAAUGAAGACCAUUUGGCUGUCCACAAACACAAACAUGAGAUGACACUGAAGUUUGGCCCAGCAAGAAAUGACAAUCUUAUCAUUGCAGACCAAACUCCUACACCCACCCGCUUUUUAAAGAAUUGCGAGGAAGUUGGUCUCUUUAACGAACUUGCAAGUCCGUUCGAUCAUGACUUCAAAAAAUCGACCGAAGAUGACAUCAAAAAGCUACCCCUGGAUUUGUCACCUCUUGCUACACCAAUUAUACGCAACAAAAUUGAGGAACCCACAGUUAUAGACGCACAUAGAGACAGCCCGCUGCCUCAUCCUGAAUCCACUACAAGUGAUGAUAAGGACUUAUCUUUGCAGCCAGCCUCACUGCCAACAUCCACUAUAGUCCACCCUGCAUCCCUCCAAGUUCCCAAUGUACUUCUAGCAACCACAGAGACUAGUGUUGUAAUACAGCCAGCUCUCCCAUCGCCAACAUCUAGCUCUGUUAUUACCCAAGUCCCCUCCACUAAUAGGCCUAUAGUCCCAGUGACUGGUACCUUCCCUGUGCUCUUACAGUUGCCUAAUGGCCAGACCAUGCCAGUUGCAAUACCUGCAUCGAUUACAAGCUCAAGUGUACAUAUCCCAACUACAAUCCCACUUGUCAGACCUGUCACCGUAGUGCCUGCCGUCCCUGGAAUCCCUGGACCUCCCUCGCCACAGCCUCAGCCCGUCCAAUCAGAAGCAAAGCUGGUCUUAACACCGAAUCGGGAUUUGAAGUCGGACAACCAAAAUCACUUCCCUGAUCCACCUCAGAGGAAACUGAAAGCCACAUUAAGCCAGCAGCUUCCUCAGGUAACCAAUGGAGAUGGAGGCGAGGUCCAGAGCAGUGCAGUAACCCACACCGUUAAUCCCGCUUCCCCUGCUCCGACCCCAACUCCAGUCCCGACUCCAACCCCGGUGCCGGCUGCGAUCCUAACUCCGGCUCCCCAACUGCCUACAACUGAGGAAGCCUCCACACAUUCCCUUCAGCAGCCAGCCACCUCCACCACAGAAACACCCGCUUCCCCUGCUCCUCCUGUGCCAAACCCUCCAACCACAGGAGGCCGGCGGCGCAGAACCACCAGCGAAGACCCCGAUGAGAAGAGACGCAAGUUCCUAGAGCGUAACCGGGCCGCAGCUUCUCGCUGUCGGCAGAAGAGGAAAGUAUGGGUCCAGUCUCUGGAAAAGAAGGCCGAGGACCUGGGCUCCAUGAAUACACAACUACAGAAUGAAGUCACCCUGCUGAGAAACGAAGUGGCUCAGCUGAAGCAGCUUCUUCUGGCUCAUAAAGAUUGCCCUGUAACCGUCAUGCAGAAGAAGUCUGGCUAUCACAUCUCCGACAAAGACGAAAGCUGCGAGGAGAUGUCCGUCCCCAGCAGCCCGCAGAAUGAGGCCAUCCAGCACAGCUCCGUCAGCACCUCCAACGGGGUCAGCAGCUCCUCCUCCUCCUCAACGACCCCGGCGGUCUCAGCCCCACCCAGCGCCGCUGCGGCCACAUCAAAGCAGAGCACAGAGGAGAGCCAACCGCGGAGGGCCAGCACCCGGUCCCAGCCUUCAGGGAGCUGAUCAUCCCAAACUGUUCCAGAGCAUCCCACACUGGAGCGCUAGUGGCCCUCAAACCUUUUUGUGACAAACAGAGGAAAGGGGUUCUCUCUAGUCUUCAGUUGUGGACCAUACACUUUAAUUUAUUCUUGAUUGUUUGGGUAAAUGUUUGUUAACUUUUGUACUUGAUAGUCUAUGCUUUUAAAGAUGCAAUGUUUUCUCUUCACUAAAGAAAAGCACUUUAGGUGUAACUUGUACAAAAUGUUGCUUUUAAUUGUUUUCAUAUAUGUUUGACUUAUUUAUUUUGUAUGGCAGCAAAAAUCAAAAAAGUAUUUAACAAAUUAACAUUUUCUCAACUAUUCUACUUCUAACGGGGUUAUUGAGAUGAAAUCCACACCUAAUCUUGGUUACAACAAAACUGUAUGCACAUAAGAAUUAUUUUUAAUAAACUAGGAUUUAGCUUAUUAACUAUGUAAAAUUGGACGGAACGUAGAGCAACCUUUUUGGUAAUAACAGCUUCAAUACAAGAAAAAUAACCCACACUGUCAGGUUCCUACCUCCAAACUUAGCUGCUGGUGUGGCAUUUUUGGGUUGACAUCCAACGCUAUUUUUCACCAAAACAUGUUGUGUCCAAAGGCAUCCUAACAGUUUAAUUUUAGUCUGAUUCUCACUGUAUUUCAUUGACUUGCCAAAGUAUUUUACAGUAAACUUUAAAUGAGCAUCAGAAUGUUUUCUUUUUUCUUCAGCAGAGAAGUCUUGCACCCCACGUUGAGUGACUUAUUUUCAUUUUCAGGGAAAAAGUGAACUUGCUAAAUCUAUCUGAAUUUCUCUUUGAUUGGUCCUUUGUUCUCGAGCAACUCUUCUGAGUAUUCUAUUGACUCCUCUGUCAACAACUCAAUGAUGCGCCGAAGUGCUAAGACUCAAAUCGGAGAAAUGCAACUGCAGUGGAAUCAGUAUGUUUUGCAGCAAUAAUGUUGGGAAGGUCUUGAAAAAACUCUUUGCUUUUAUCAAUCAUGAG